CGUUCCCAUUUUUUUCCUAGUCACUAGAACCAUAUCCUUCUCUCUCAAUUUCUUUUCAAUAUGCUUGGAGAAAGAGAGUAUUAAUAAGAGAGCCUGAGAGAGAUGUCUCAAGAGGAGGUGGCAGAAUGACUGAUAAAGAACUUUGAAGCACCUCCUUUCUUCACCAUCACUCUACUGCUCCAUCUCUCAAACUCAAGUCUCAGAGUCUCCUUCUCAACUUUACUCAUAAAUCUAUACCAUCUGAAAUAAUUGUUCGAUCUCUUUCAAUUCAAUCGCAGAGAUCUUUAUUUUUACCCUCUCCCUCUCUUUCAGCUGUACCAUGAGACCAGUAGAAGGAAAUCCGUUGGACCUUAACAACUUGCCUGGCGAGGAUUUUCCUGGAGCAGCAGCAGGAGGGAAGAAGAAACACGGUAGGGAAAGUGAUGAAGAGGGGAAGGUAUACGAGUGCAGAUUUUGCUCUCUCAAGUUUAGCAAAUCUCAAGCUCUCGGGGGACACAUGAAUCGCCACCGACAAGAAAGGGAGACAGAAACACUGAACCGGGCUCGUCAACUGGUCUUUGGUAAUGAUAACCUAAUACCACCCACGCCUCAUCACAGACUAGGCAGUGGUCAACUACCAAUAUUGUCACAUGGAGGGUAUAAUCACCAUCAUCAUCAGACAAGUGAUCCCUUGAGAGGCGCCGGUUACCCCCCUGCAAGAUACUAUGGUGGCUCUUCAUCAUCCACCAACAUACCACCGCCGGAGUCAUACAUGUACCCUCCCUCGCCGCGCCUUGCUCCGCCACCCAUCAAUGACUACUUUGUAGGCCAUGCGGUGCUCCCAAGCGCUCAGAUACCAUGCUACAAUAGUAACACUGCAGCCACACGUGAAACGGCGGUAAACAACUACACAUGCAUGGGAGCUCCGAUAGGAAGUGGAUUUAUGCUAGGAAGCGGUGGUGGGAGAAACACGUCGACAAUCCUCCAAAAUGAUAAUAAUAAUAAUUAUCUUGACAGUACUACUAGCAAUAGUAGUAAUAAUAAUGUGGAGGAGGGAGAAGAGAUAGCAAGGUAGGAUCACGUAAUGCUAAUUCGUUAACGAUCAAUCGUUAUCAAUAUGGAUUGUAAUUGAUUAUGUAGAAUCAUGUGUUACUAGAAACAUAUUAAGAAUAUUUGUGAAGUUGAUAUGGGCAUGGCAAUUGCGCUAUACUGGCUAGAUUUCUUGGAAUCCUAACGUACAAGAGUGGGGUCGUGGCAAUGCAAGAAAUGAGUGAGAUGGUUUUGGUUUUACUAUAGA